CCCUGCGACAGUGCCGAGAUGCAGCUGAAGGUGGACUUCUUCCGCAAGCUGGGCUACUCCUCGGAGGAGAUCCACGUCGCGCUGCAGAAGCUCGGCCUGAACGCCGACACCAACACCGUGCUGGGAGAGCUGGUGAAGCACGGCCCGGCUGAGCGGGAGAGCGCCGAGGCCCCGCCAGAGGCCAAGGAGGCCCCGCUGGUCCCGAGGGGGGGGGCCACGAACAAGACCCCGCCACCGGGGGAGGAGACGGAGAGUGAGAACCUGAAGCCCAUCGUUAUCGAUGGCAGCAACGUGGCCAUGAGCCAUGGAAAUAAAGAGGUGUUCUCCUGCCGAGGUAUCCUUCUGGCUGUCCAGUGGUUUUGGGACAGGGGACACAAGGAUAUUACAGUCUUUGUGCCAUCUUGGAGGAAGGAGCAGCCACGACCAGAUGUACUUAUAACAGACCAGUACAUUCUCCGUGACCUUGAAAAGAAGAAAAUUCUGGUCUUCACUCCUUCCAGGCGGGUUGGAGGCAAGCGUGUUGUCUGUUACGAUGAUCGAUUCAUUGUGAAACUGGCACAUGAGUCUGAUGGCAUUGUGGUUUCUAAUGAUACUUAUCGAGACCUGCAGAACGAGCGUCCUGAGUGGAAGAAAUUCAUUGAGGAGCGUCUACUGAUGUAUUCCUUUGUUAACGACAAGUUUAUGCCUCCAGAUGAUCCAUUAGGGCGACAUGGCCCCAGCCUGGAUAACUUUCUCAGAAAGAAACCUGUGGUGCCAGAACACAAGAAGCAGCAGUGCCCUUAUGGGAAGAAAUGCACUUACGGAAUUAAAUGUAAAUUCUACCACCCUGAAAGGAUCAAUCAGCCCCAGCGCUCGUUAGCUGAUGAACUCCGAGCCAAUGCAAGGUUGUCUCCUACCAGAAGUACCAGUGCCAAGGAGGAGAAAAAGGGCAGAAGAGGUUCCCAGGCAGAGCUCGUGUGCUCUGUGCCCACAGAGAGUGAUAAAAGCUCUUUGCAGAAGGUCCCUGUGGAGAGGAAAAGCUUGACCCACAAAGCAAAGCCCAGCGAUGUUCCGCUUCAGGUCAAAGGCUGUGUGUCAGGCAGUGUUCCUCCUAACAGUGGGAGCCACAGGUCCUCUGACAGGUACCAGCAGCCUCAUAUGGACUCUCUGUCUUAUAUCUCUCAGGAGCAUCUUGACUCAGGCAUCGGGUCUCUGGAGAACCAGCUGUCUGACAUGUGGCCUUACAGAUCUACCAGUCACUGUGACCAUUCCCAUGCAGAUCAGGUGGCAGUCUGCACCUGUGGUAGGCAGAGACCUGUCUACUCGCAUUCUCCCAGCUUGGAGCAGAAUGGUCUGGUCUCUUACAAGCAUGGUUCCCAUAAGUCAUCUUCCUCUGGUGCUAGCUUCUUGCAGUAUAGCCCUGAGAUAUCUCACUCAGGACCACCUCACUCUUUCUCAGGCUAUGGAGUACCUGUACACCCAGCUAAUGCUGCGCAAUACAGUCUGCCCAAUGAGUAUAACGCCCCUCCGCCCCAUUCUCGUGAGUACUGGUCUGAACCGUACCAGAUGGCACCUCCUCAAGUGAGAUCUACCAGUGUGCGAGAUCCUCGUUCAGUACAGAGAGCCCCAGGGCCAGCGUACGGGGAGUCUUGCCAGUGGGCUGUCUCUGACCAGUUUGCGGAGGAGCGGGCCAAUGUGCACGUCAAGCUGUGUGGCAUAUUCCAUCCCCAUUUAGUUGAUGCUGUGAUGAGCCGUUUCCCUCGGCUUCUGGAUCCCCAAAGGCUAGCUGCAGAGAUACUAACGUACAAGUCUCAGAACCCAGGUAUAUAG